AUGAUUCGGUUAACGACAGUUGCCAUCCUGUCACUUAUUCAAAUUAUUGUCGGUGCGACACCAAAAUAUCAGCGCUUCUUCGUUAAUACAAAAGCGAUAAACUUCGUUGAUCCAACCAAACACGGAUUUCGAGUGGUACUUAUGGAUGCGUUCCUGCAAGAAUAUCUGUCCCCCACACAAAUACCAACUCUCUUCAUCUCUGCCAUACCUCUGCGACGUGAUGAACCUCCGUUUACGAAAGUAUUAUAUCCAGAUAAUAUUCGUGAUGAUAAACAGGUAAAUUUAUCUGAACUUCGUGAACGAUCAUGGUACUAUGUUUGUGUGGAAUGGGAGAAUUUCAACCGUCACAAUGAAUCAACCGGAACAGAUUGUCGUAUUCUGCGGACGUUGGAUCGAUUCGGUAAGAGUGCCGAUACGACGGUUUCGGAUAUUGAAAUUCUGGAUAUUGGUGCCACAACAAUGCAAUUCCGUGUUCGUUCACUCGUUGACUUUCCAAUGAGGCUGACCGCUUCCUUACAAGGAGGUAGUGGUCCAUUGUUACCAUCUCAAGUGUUUAACUACCGUGAGUCGAGUGAUCUCGAAAUUACGUUUGCCUUUCUGAGGCAAGAUGCUGACUAUGGUCAACUGUGUAUCCUCGAAGAACCACUGGUUACGGGAUAUUCGGCGAUGAGCAGACUUGUGGCUGGUAUUUACAUCGAAAAGUGCUAUUUUGGUAAGCUACGCACAAAGGACUAUGAGUUAUCGACUUUCGACUCAGAAGCAAGUCCGUAUAAACGGGCUGCGUCAGCCUCAACAACACAUAGUGUUCAAUAUCUCAUUCUUUUAUUACUAUCUUCUUGUUUUGUCACAUUUUUCUCGAUAACACAUUCGUAUUGA